UCAUUAGCACAACAUAUCAUUAAUUGUGAAGAGGAAACACUUAUAUUACAUUCAGUCCUUUAAAUUCACCCAUCUGCGGAACUAAUCUGAUUUGCCAUGAUUUCAGGGAAAAUUGUCGCGUUAUUGCUGAUCACUGGAUGUGCUGCCGCACAAGAUGACGUAAAGUGCACCCCGGAUGGAUGGAAAGCGAUUGGGAGAAAUGGUAUUUGCGUUAGCCUUGACGACCUUGACGCCAAAUGUUCAGACAAGGAAGUCAGUGCAUCCCGAGUGGACUGUAUGGGUUUCGAUGGCGCCUGGUGUUGUUAUGUGCCCCUCCCAACCGCCAAUUCGGCCAUGAAAGUCAGCGUCAAGCAGGCCGUAGCUCCGUCGGCGGGAUCAUACAGUUAUGACACCACCAGUAUGACACCACCAUCAAAUCCUCCCUCGACCACUGGCUAUGCUCCAGCGCCACCAGCUAGCACGACAACCCCGGUCCCCCCGUCACCUACUACCACCCUUUAUGACACCACGACACCAACCACUACCACCCCUACCACAACAACGUACGUGCCGACCACCACCGCCACUACCCCGCUGGCAACGAGGUACACUACCCCGACAGCGACGACAACCCCCACCACCACACCCACUACAACAACCUACUCGACCACCACUAGCACCACCACCCCGACAACUAUGACCACUACGACGCCCACUACUACCACAUACACUACGACCACCAGCACGACGACAACACCAACAACUACGACCUAUAGCACCACAACGCCAACCACCACCACGACCACACCAACAACAACCACCACUUAUACUACCACUACACCAACGACUACACCGACAACCACAACUUAUACUACCACAACGCCAACAACCACCACUACAACGACCACGCCAGCAACCACAGCUUAUACUACCACUACGCCAACCACCACAACGCCAACAACCACCGCCACGACAACCACGCCAACAACUACAACUUACACUACUACCACGCCAACGACUACGACGACAACGCCAACAACAACCACCACGACGACCACACCAACAACCACAGCAUAUACUACCACUACGUCAACGCCUACAACGACAACACCGACGACUACAACUUACACUACCACAACGCCAACAACAACCACCACGACGACCACACCAACAACCACAGCAUAUACUACCACUACGUCAACGUCUACAACGACAACACCGACGACUACAACUUACACUACCACAACGCCAACAACCACCACCACGACGACAACGCCAACAACCACAACGUAUACUACCACUACGCCAACGACAACAACGACAACACCAACCACUACGACUUACAGCCCUGCCACCACCACCACACCGCAGGUCAUCGUAACGACAGCGUAUGUCACUCCGAGCCCUGUCACCACAACACCAUCACCCGUGCCCGUAACCACCACUACUCCAGUGGUGACCACCACGGCCUAUGUGACUCCACAGACAUCGACGCCUUCUCCCCAGCCGUCGACAACCACGUACGCUGCGUACGCACCAGCUAACAAGAUGGCAUCAGGAGACAAUGCGUCUGUCGGUGGCAGUCCCAAUGUUGCCUCGGCAGUUAAACGUAAAGUCCACCGCAAGCGUUCCUAGACAAGCGUGAAGGGACUGCUAGAAGUACUCCACGUGUUGAAAGCCGUCAUCGGUAUUCGGUCGUGAUGUCGUGAUGUUAUGAUGAUCUGGUUUUUUGUACACAAUAAUUUUAUGCGAGUUCAGUUAAUUACUGAGAAACUAGAAAUAAAGUUAUGGA